AUGAUUUCCAAGGCCUCUUCCGCCGCCGGUCCCAUCACCCGGUUCCCAGCCGACGAUCUCCGUCACGCCAAGCGCCUGAUCACUACCCACAACGCCAAGGGGCAAGGGGUCUUCCUCCCCGAUGAUGACGGUGAUCAUCACAAGAUCAUGCUGAACGGCCAAGCAGCUGCCAACAUCAUCUACAGCACCCAGGGCGCCCAGGUUGACCUCAACGAGGAGAAAGAUAUUAAGUUCGCCCAGGAGAACGAGCCUCCUAUUCACGUCCGCAAUGGCUCCGUCGCGCGUCUCAUCGAUUUCGCGCCCGGUAUGGAGUCACCUGUUCAUCGUGCCAUGUCUAUCGACUAUGGCGUAGUGAUCGAGGGCGAAUUCAAACUCACCCUGGAUAGUGGAGAGAGCCGCAUUAUGUUACCGGGAGACUGCUCCGUCAACCGGGGCUGCAAUCAUAUGUGGAAGAAUAUGUCCGAGACAAAGAGCGGUCGCAUGCUGUUUAUCCUUUUGGAUGUUCAGCCGCUGACAGUCAAUGGCCAUGUAAUUGAAGAGGAUUUAGGCGAAUUGGCAGAGGAAUAUCCUCCGCACCCGGAGCACUGA